AUGGAGGCUGAGAUAGCAGCCUUAGAAAAGAACAAGACCUGGUUUUUGACUACAUUACCUCAUGGAAAGACAGCUAUUGGGAGUAGAUGGGUUUACAAGCUGAAGUUGAAACCGGAUGACACAAUAGACAGGUACAAGGCAAGGCUGGUAGCGAAAGGGUAUCACCAAGUAGAGGGAAAAGAUUAUUUUGAUAGUUUUUCACCAGUAGCAAAGUUGGUUACAGUGAGAAUCUUGAUGUCUGUUGCAGCAGCUAGGCAAUGGAAAUUACACCAGCUAGACGUCAAUAAUGCUUUCCUCUAUGGACAUUUGAAUGAGGAGGUCUACAUGGUUCCAUCAGAAGGAUAUUAG